UCUCAGAAACAAAAAAACGAGAAAAAGAAAUCUUCGAGACGCAGCAUCCAUGGCGACGAGUGGAGUACGAAGGAUCAAGCUCGGAAGCCAAGGCCUUGAGGUCUCCGCGCAAGGCCUUGGUUGCAUGGGUCUCUCCGCCUUCUACGGCACUCCGACACCGGAAUCCGAGGCCAUCGGUCUCCUUCACCACGCCAUUAACUCCGGCAUCACCUUCCUCGACACCUCUGACAUCUACGGUCCCGAGACCAACGAGAUUCUCAUCGGCAAGGCUCUGAAGGAUGGAAUGAGGGAGAAGGUAGAAGUGGCGACCAAAUUCGGUAUCAGUCAUCUUGCGCAAGGGGUGAGCGAGAUAAGGGGAGAUCCUGCGUAUGUCAGGUCUGCUUGUGAGGCAAGUUUGAGAAGGCUUGGCGUCGAAUGCAUUGAUCUCUAUUACCAGCAUCGGAUCGAUACCCGUGUCCCAAUCGAGAUCACUAUGGGAGAACUCAAGAAACUGGUCGAAGAAGGCAAGAUACAGUACGUCGGGCUAUCUGAAGCUUCUGCCUCGACUAUCAGAAGAGCACAUGCUGUUCAUCCGAUAACAGCUGUUCAGUUAGAGUGGUCCUUGUGGUCGAGAGACGUUGAAGAAGAUAUCGUCCCUGCCUGCAGGGAACUCGGGAUCGGGAUUGUUGCUUACAGUCCUCUCGGACGAGGCUUCUUUGCAUCGGGACCCAAGCUUCUCGAGAAACUAGAGCAAGGUGACUAUAGAAAGGAUCUACCGAGGUUCCAAGCCGAAAACGUAGACCACAACAAGGUUAUGUACGAGAAGGUGACUUCCAUGGCGGAAAAGAAACAAUGUACUCCGGGGCAACUAGCACUGGCGUGGGUUCACCACCAGGGAAACGAUGUGUGCCCCAUUCCAGGAACCACCAAGAUCGAUAACCUCAUUCAGAACAUUCGAGCUUUGUCCGUGAAGCUCACUCCCGAAGAAAUGGCUGAGCUCGAAGCCUUUGCCCGGCCCGACUUCGUUAAGGGGGAGAGGUAUAACCGUGACAUCCCUACCUACAGAGAGUCCGACACUCCGCAACUCGGGUGAGUUGCACUCGUUCUGCUUCUGUACCACCGAGUCGCAUGUAAGGCUACUGAGAUAAAUGUAGUGAUUUUGUUCUAUAGAAAAAAAAUAACACGCAAUGUAAGAUUACUACAAACAAACAAAGCGCAGGAAGCCAUAUCCUUAUAAGGGCACAUUAUAUUUC